AGGAAGAGGUGGAAAAUGAGCGUUGCAAGUCCACCCACCACCAACAGAGUCAGAGACACCGAAUCAGAAUGGCGGGACUUCGCAGCUGCGCAUUUGGGCGCCAAUUGCGAAUUUUGCCGCCAAUAGAAAGGAGAAUUCAUGGCUUCCGUUGCUGCUCAACUGCCCCCAACGGCAAAAGUAAAGAAACUCAAACACCGGAGCUGUUGAAGAUUGCCGUGAGUGGUGUGACGGAAAUCCUUAGGCUAUUUACUCCUGCUGGGCGAGGUAGAACAGAUUUAGUGGAUGAUGAAUGGAAUGAGGAACUUUCAAUUUCCAAUGCAGAUGACGUUCUUUCUAUCAUCAGAUCUGAUUAUGAGAAAGCUUACUUUGUCACAGGACUCUUUACCUCUGCAAUUUAUGCUGAAGAAUGCAUAUUUGAAGAUCCAACCAUUAAAUUUCGUGGUAAGGAAUUAUACGCACGCAACUUGAGUCUGCUUCUACCUUUCUUUGAAAACCCCUCAAUCCAGUUAGAAGAAUUAAAUAAGCAGCUUGAUCGUGAAACAAUUACCUUAGUUGCUUCAUGGAAACUAAGAACAUACCUUAGACUUCCAUGGAAGCCACUGAUUUGCAUUGAUGGGACAACAACAUAUGAUCUCGGAGAAGAUUUUAGAAUUGUGCGGCAUGUUGAGAGUUGGAGUGUUUCUGCGCUUGAAGCAGUUCUUCAGAUAUUCACUCCUAGCUCUGGAAGUCCAGAUCAAUGACAGAUUGUAGUAAGCAUUUAAAUCAUCAACAUCUGCAUAUCAUUAAUUGGGGAAAUGAAACCAACUGGUGCCCAACUUGUGCAUCAUUCAUUUUCA